AUGGACCAUUUUCCGUUGACAGACAUGCAGGAAAUAUCGUAUCUCUUUCAUCAUAUCUUCCUCCCUCCAAAGCUCCCGCAGGAAGACGACUACUGUGUCGGCCAUGAGGUUCUCCUGAUCGAUGUGGUGAUCGAUGCUCUUCAUCAAUUCAAGCCCUACUUUUCUUCAGUCGAGGCUGAAGUUAUUGGACUAGCUUUGACGAUGAUCACUCGACUGCGACAGGUUCACGGUCCCAAAGGCGAGGUAGAUGAAGUGCAGCUUGAAAAGAUCCUUAGACAGCUGAAAGAAGAAGGUGGUUUCCUACCAAUUUACGUCCGCGAGCAAAAUGCUGCUAUCUUGAUCAGCAAUAAGGACAUGAGGACCCAUAUCGAAUGUUUUGAGCUCUCUCCUGUGAAUGAAGCGGUGAUGACAACGAAGGGUCGACUUCAACGCACAUUUCCUGGCCCGACGUUGGCUUUCGAUACCCGUGUCUUCAAUGAGCCUGACCUGCUUACGAUGUUGGCGCAAACCAUUUCCCGCAUGAGUCAACAGCCCGUUGCAGGUACAAAGCCGAAAGUUCGAAAAGCAAAACGCAAGCACGACGAGGACAGGGAUACAACCGAUCCGAAAAUGGUCAUCGACUUUCUCAUGGCCACACUUCGACCGCUGUCUAUGGACAUCACGGACGAACAAAUUCUGAAACGCUGUCGUGAAGAAGUAAUGUGGCGUGAUUGUCGUUUUCCGUGGCGACGGUCAGCUUUAUGGCUUCUCAUUCGUGUCGCGCUUCAAUUGGCUUUUUCCCGUUUAUCGGAUGGCCGAGGACCGUCUCAGCUGUACAAGUCUUUUAUGAUAUAUCUCAUGGGCUCCAUCAUCGACAGAACAUCCGAAACAGCCUCUCAUGAGAUGCUUCACCUUAUGGCGGCUAAGGUUGUCCGUCGACUAUUGAAACUCGCCUCAGCGGGAGAGCCGGCGUGGUUUGCUCCGAUCCAGUCGAUUCUUCAGCGGGUGAGUGAUAAAACCCAGACUGGGUGGCAGCGUAUCGUGGAUCAGAACGACUGUCAAAUUGAUUUUGAGUCUCUCCUGGAAUUGAGAUUCACAAAAGAUACAGAGUGUUCCUUGCCUCAGCUGGAUCGCUUCUUACGGAACAUGAGCCGAAAAAGCGAGAAAGAUCCGUUCGAGUCGUUCCAGCCGUCUUCGCAGCUUAUGUCUUUCGAAACCGGAAGGCUGCCGAUGGGCUUGGAAUCUUGCCGCCCUGAAUAUAUCGUACAGAACCUUUGUGGCUUUGAAGAUUGGGUCGAGUCAUGUCUGGGAAACUGGAUAGAGGAUCAUCUUGAAGACGCCGCAACAUGCACCCAGCUCGGCCGUUUGAUUUCCGAAUACCACAAAGUGGCGCUGAGGGCAUAUCUGCACAACCCCGAAGCCAUGUCUACUAUGCUGCUUACACUAUUGGAAUUGUGGAUUUCCUGCGACAAGUCAGCCAUUCGCUUGCACCCACACUUGAAAGACUAUGAUCCCUGCAUACCCACGGACUGCUUCUACUCCCUCCUACUCCCGUUCAAAUCACAAAUGAUGCGACUUGCCCGUGCGGAGGAGUAUCUCGAUAAACGUCAGAGACAGGUUCUAAACCCGGGGCCUGGGAUUUUCCAUGAUUUUGGAACCCGGUCUUGCUUCUCGGUUCGGUAUUUCGAUCAAUCUGAUGAGCACCAACAGUUACUUCAAACCAUCGAAGAGCAGGCCAGCCACGCCAGGAACCAAAAAAGAGCCGAACUGGCAGAGAAACACGCACGUUAUAUUCACUUGAUGACUUUGGCGUCUAAGACCGAAUGCCAGUCCGAGGAUGUGCUCCUGGAUCGAAGGUUUGGUUUCCGCGAGUCGCGGCAUAGCCAUUCCUGCCCAUGCCAUGGCUAUAAAUCACGGGCAAAGUCAAUCACGAUUGACAUUCAUGAAUGGCCGUUGCCGACCAAUCCUCAACAAGCAAAGUCCACUGUCUUCGAGCUGCGGGUCCCAGAGCCAUUCGGUGGGUGGAGAGACACCACGCUGUACGUGCUUCACAAUUGCUUAGGUGUUGCAUAUUCCAAAAUUGAGAAACCGAGGUCCGAGUAUCGACUGAAGAAAUAUCAAGGGCUCUCCUCAUUUUUCUCUUGCCCGACUGACUCCCAGCGGCUCUGCCUUCUAUCGCAAAUUAAACCUCAUGAGAAGACCCAUCGCCGCAAGAGAUUAAUCAUCCAUGUCGCAGAAGAUGAUGUUUGCUUGAAUAAUGGUUUACAUUUCCAGUACUUUGACAACACUGCAGGAUGCUUUGUGAGCACUUUUGAGAGGAAAGAGGAGACCGAAAUCAGGUGUACCUAUCAGCUGCCGCAAAGGAGCUCCACGCUGCAAAAAUUCCUGUUUCGUCCAGCCAGUAAACCACACGGUCCGUCGCCGAAUACCGUGAUUGCGACCCAGAAUGCCACACCUGUGGAAAUGUCACUGGCGGAGUACAAAGCACUCGCAGCGAUGCCACUUGGCCUGGAGAUUCAAUGGCAAAACAUUCUUUUGGAAUUGUCAAUGCCUUCAAUUGAUAUGAAAAAGGUGGAGUCCGCAAUAUUCAUCCGUCAGAUUGUCAACCAAGCGGGCCUGCCCAGCAAAGACACGUGGAUGAGACGAGGCCAUGCGAUCUUGCGUAAACCGGAUUUCACAGCGAGGUUGUUCUCCUCUAUCAGCGAGGCAGCGGAGAGGAUGAAAGAGAACUGGAACCUGAUCCAUGGAUACCACACGCUCAUACAUCUCCUUCUCCGAAUACUCAGUCUGUCACCCUGUGAAACGGACCGUCGAAGAUGUCUCGGUCUUCUGAGCUCAAUGCGCCGAAACGCUUUUCAAUGGGUCGAAACCGUCAGAACAACGGCCAGUCAAGAGAUUGACGACUCACGCAAGGUUGACCUGGUUGCGAAAGCGGUCUAUAUCGCUCUGGUCUGUGUUCAAACAUUUGAUACCGAAACCCAUUCGCAGAGCUUUGCAUUGCUGUCAGAUGUUUCGAUGUUUCUGCGGUGCUGCAUGAUCAUCUGGAAUGGACGUGACUCUUUGCCCUUGGAAGUGGGCUCCCUGCAGCGCAUAUUGUACUAUCGCUGGCAAGUUUUGUGCUAUCACAGCCGUGCAGUAUUAGCCGAGAAAUGUUCCAAUACUUCCCCUUCCCCAAUGGACACUGCCAUUUUGGGAGCGUGGGCGGCAUACCCAGCUGGUUCUAUAUGGUCAGAGGUAUCUCCAUCUGUGGAAUAUUGGCUUCACUCCGCAUGUUCCGAACCGACUGAAGAGUGUGUCCGAAUGCAGGUACACUAUAACCUGCUGACGGGAGAACUUCUUGUCAACGGACUUCCACUCGCGCAUCUGCCGGCUGAAUAUAUGUCAAAUCAGGCAUAUCGUAUCCUAUUUGGGGAAAGAUCGCAAUUGGAAGUGAUGCCAAGUGACCAGCCUGGAAUGGAAUUUUCGUGCCGAGCGGAAUGCUGCGGUCAUACGGUCCAUUUGGGCAUAACCCCCGUCCCCGAAUCACCAGGAUUCGACUUGUCCGUCAAAGCGGUGAGAGGUGACCAAGCGUGGGUUCUUGUGCCACAGAGACUCUUCUCUGGACAUUUCCCUGAUGAUUUCGUUCGAAAUUAUACCCACUGGUACGCCAUCGACAGAGGGUACAUUGAAUUCAGACCUUUGUCAUCCCCGUGGGUAUCAUCCGAGCACCAUUGGAGAUUGCGCGAAGGGGAUUCGGACAAUUCAUGGCGUCUGGAGAAUCAGGAAUAUCAACUGGUCGGCAGCAGAAGCACGACCGCGGAUACCUUGGCUAGGAUCUUCAACCCCUUGGAAAAGCCUUCCGAAAUACAUGGCCGGCUCAACAAAGUCAAAUCCACGUUGCAUAUAGACCUUCCGCGUUUGCGAUUGGAGUUCGUCCUCCCGGAGCGCUCCACGUCAGUUCAAUGUCGACAGUAUCCGGGAAUGAUCAUUGAUGCGAAACAAGCAUGCAAUACGCUAGUCGGACUUCACAGUAAAUUGAUCCUUGUCAACACUGAUUCUUUUCAGCGCAUCAUUCUCAUACCUGAAGGCGAUGUUGCUUGGUCAAAGGCCGGCGAUCAUGUUCAAGUCAACGUGCUAUGCGAGGCUCAAUGGCAUGCAUAUUCCAUUGAUGAGCGGCUUGGGCGUUUGGUAGAUAACGGAAGCUUACAGAGCAAGCUGUUCCUUACUUAUUUGCAUGCCACCACUUCAUACUUCCUUCCAGAUCCAUUGACCAGACGGACCGGCACCGAGCAGGCCCUUUCCAUCCUGCGUUCCGCAUCCGUCCGAUCAUUCGAUCGACUCCGACCAGAGAACGUCGCGAUCCUCACCAGAAUCGCUGCCCUGACCCCACAGAGAAGAUUCUAUCCAGAUAAUGAGCAGGUGAUGCAGAGUGUGGAGUGGAGGCACGCUCUCGGCUGCUUGUCACAACACCCAGGGUUUCACGAAGAGGUAGCAGCCAUUCGGGAUCAAAACUCACGCGUCGUCUUUUACUACCCUGGAGAAGAACCUGCCACGCCUUCUCUUCCAAAGGCUGACCAACAUCUGUUACUCCGUGAUAAAAUCCGCACUUCCUCGUUCCGGGUUUCUCAAUUUGGCUCAGAGGAUCACACAGGGAAGCACGACCGACAUUACGCAAGUCGUGACGCCAAUCGCUCGUCCCCAAACAGCACUCGAGCGUUUACAAUCAGCAAGAUGCUAUGCGGCAAGAUAUCUCGCACGCGAAAUCUUGAAUCGGGGAAUUGGCUCUCCCACAUCUGGAAGUUUCUUUCCACUUCGUGUGAAAUACGUGGCCCUGGGGCUCAGGUGGAGAGCGCGAAGUUGCGAUAUAGCGCAGAGUGGAUACUUACCUCCCGAGACUUUAUUGUUGAGAAUUGGUGUGCAAUACACCAAUUGGUUUCAUCACGAAAUUGUCGCUUCAACAAGUACCAACUCCUAAUCUGGUUGUCAACCAUCGCCUACUCGUCCCAGGCCGAUAUGAUUGUUGUCGAGACUAUUGCAUCACUGUACUUGAAUCCAGAAAUCAUGUGCGAGUAUACAGCCAUACAAGGACAAUUUCAACCCGAGAAAGGUUUUGAAUGGGACCGAGGGAAAAUUCAGACCCUCAUACAAUCUGCACAGCUUGAUUCAACACCAGAAGAUAGACUUGAACCUUUUCCCUACGAGACUUAUAGCAGUUUUGGAUCACGCAUCAAGAAGCUACGGAAACAGAAUCGGACACUCGCCUGCAAAACUGCGUCGGAUCAUUUUUCCCGUCAGUGGCCUACACACUCGCCGUCGCGUCCUGCCUCACAAGAAGCUGUGAACUUGGAUGAGUACCUGAACAUUUACAAGAUCAUGUCCAUGGUGACAGACAGGUUCUGUAUUUGGGUUGAUAACGGUCAGCUUCGGCAAUGCCUGACUAGCAUGAUAAACCGGCUAUGUGCACAUCCAGUCAAAGCUAUCCAGCCGCCGCCCUAUCCGGAGCUGUCUCAUCCACAGCCGGCUCAACCACGGCGAGGGGACAUCUCUUUUGAUGACUUGAUGACGGUAUCUCCACUGCCUGAUAUACAGGAGCCCCUGUUGGCGGAUCUUCUCCGGGAGAGCUCAAAUGAAAUUGACCCGACCGGUGAUCUUAGGAGUCUGAUUGACUCAAUGGGUAGCUACGCCAGUUCUCCGUAUGAAGAAUGGUACGUGAAAAUGUUAAGAGAUAGUGUCACAUCGCUGGCAUGCACCAAAAGCCGAAACCAGUUCACGGUUGCCUGUGGCGAUCUCGAACGGUCUGUCGGCACCUACCUCAAUUCGUGUGAGAGGUAUGUCCAGGAUGUUUAUACAGCUCUCAUAUCGAGGCUACUGCCACCUGGUCCAAUAGACGGGUCACCGACAUCCAGCACUUUCAAAAAAAACGUUUCCGCCCUGGCUUUCAGGGUUCACCACGCCCCAAGAUUGUCACCUAUUCUCCUGUUGGAGCAGCUAAGCCGGCAUCGGUGGCCACAAUUAGCCAUUCUGUGGCGGAAGUGUUUCAUACUCUACGGUCGUUCCAUCACAAUGCUCCAGCGAGCGGAGCGACUUUGCCGUCUCGUCCGCAGUCCCGAGGAUUUUCUCAAAGAGAUCCGCAACCCGGGCCAUACCAAUUGGGAUCCAUUUGAAAAACCAGAGAAUCUUCUUUUAGAGAUCGAAAGUGGUAUUUAUAUUCGAGCGAACCAGGAAAAUAUUGCCCGAACAAUGACGUGGUCCACCCGAGGGCAGAAUAUCGUGCUGCAAUUGAACAUGGGGGACGGAAAAUCAUCGGUGGUGGUGCCUAUUGUCGCCGCGGCGCAUGCCAAUGGCCGAUGCAUUGUCAGAGUUCUGACCCCAAAGCCCCAAUCGCGACAGAUGCAUCAAAUGCUGGUUGGAAAGCUGGGCGGCGUCCUGGAUCGUCGAGUUUAUCAGCUUCCAUUCUCGCGGUUAUUGAAUCUUGGGGAGGCUGAAGUGGAUGAAAUUCAGCGCAUGUGUCACGAGUGCAUGUCGAAUGGCGGCGUCUUGCUUGUGCAACCGGAGCAUAUCCUGUCGUUUAAGCUAAUGUGCCUUGAAUGCUUCAUUACCGGGAAGCCCGUGGUAGGGCGCUCGCUGCUCCGAACCCUGAACUUCUUUCGCGAGUAUGCAUGUGACAUUAUCGAUGAGAGUGAUGAAACUUUCAACGCCAAGUUCGAGUUGAUAUAUUCCAUGGGAGCUCAGCGCCCUGUUGAGCUCAGCCCGCAGCGAUGGGUCCUCAUUCAGGAACUGUUGCAUUUGGUAAAAGUACACGCCAGCCAAGUGAAGGUCGAUCUACCAGACUCCAUUGAGGUUAUUCAGCAAGAGAAUGGGGGUUUUCCACGAAUCCGCGUGUUAGACUGCGAUGCUGAACAUGCGCUGCUCCAACGAAUCGCGACUCAUAUCUGUGAGAACGGAAUUGGCCCUCUGCCCAUUGCCCGACAACCUCGCGUGGUCCGACAGGCGGUUUUGAUCUAUAUCCUGAAACCGGAACCCACCGCUGACGAGAUAUCCGCGGUAGAGUCCGACAGUGGGACAGGCUUUUGGGACGAAAGCAUCCAGAGUCACCUCCUGCUCGUCCGGGGCCUGCUCGCAGGAGGGGUGUUGGCAUUUUGUCUGGGGCGAAAGCGUUGGCGUGUCAACUACGGGCCCGAUUCGCACCGAGACCCACCGACUCGGCUUGCGGUACCGUAUCGCGCCAAAGACAGCCCUUCACUGCGCUCGGAAUUCAGUCAUCCCGACGUCGUCAUCCUCCUCACCUGCCUUCAGUAUUACUACAGUGGACUCACCAACGAUGAGAUCUCCCUUGCCUUCGAUCAUCUGGCCAAAUCUGAUGAAGCAGAGGCAGAGUACCAAGCCUGGGCACAGGGUGCACCAAUGCUCGAUCCAGACUUUCGGCAAUUAGUCAGUGUCAACCUAGAUGAUGAGCAUCUUUGCGCGAGCCGAAUAUUCCCUCCACUUCGGGCCUCGAAAGCUACAGUGGACUAUUUCCUCGCUCAGAUAGUGUUUCCUAAAGAGAUGAAAGAGUUUGCAGACAAAUUAUCCGCGUCAGGCUGGGAUACGGGGGAGUUGAGAACGAACCCCACCGUCGGUUUCAGUGGAACAAACGACUCGCGGAAAACCCUGCCUCUGGCCGUCAAUCAGCUCGACCUUCCGGAGCAAAAUCAUACAAAUGCCUUGAUCUUGGAAUAUCUACUGAGGCGAGAGAACUCGGUGGUGGACAUCCCCACAGGUCAUCGAUCAGCUCAAUCGGAUGCUUAUGUGUUAUUGGAAUUGGUGACGAAGCUGGCUCCGCCCACAAGGGUGAUUCUCGACGUGGGUGCGCAAAUAUUAGAGCUAACCAACCUGGAGGUGGCAAGGCAGUGGUUAUCCAUUUCUCAGAAUGACCAGAUCCAAGGCGCGAUCUUCGUCAAUGACCAGGACAACAUUUGCGUGGUGGACACGAAGGGUCGAGUGGAGCUUCUACAGACCUCUCCGUUUGCGUUUCAGAUGGAAGCUUGCUUAGUCUUCUUGGAUGAGGCACAUACGCGAGGCAUAGAUCUCAAGCUGCCGGUGGAUUAUCGUGCGGCGGUUACCCUGGGCCCGGGUAUCACUAAGGACAAGUUGGUUCAAGCCUGUAUGAGGAUGAGAAAACUUAGCUACGGUCAGUCGGUCAUUUUUUGCAUUCCUUGCGAGAUCAAGCGCCAAAUCCUCUCCUUGAGGAAACGGGACAAGACCUCGGACAUUGAAGUGUCCGACGUCUUGCAAUGGGCGAUCUUAGAGACGUGGAAAGACAUACGACGCAGCAUGCCGCUCUGGGCCGUUCAAGGUUGCCGCUUUGCGAAGCAAAAGAGAAAAUGGCAGGACUACCAAAUGCACGACGGCGUCGGUUUGGCCCCGGAACAGGCUCAAACAUUCCUCGAACCAGAAUAUCAGACCCUCGAGCAGAGGUACAGACCGUCUCAUAACACCGUGCAAACUGUGGAUGAAAAUAUCGAGGUUUUCGAGGCCAUCCACGAGCGCUGUGGUGAAUUUGGUGGCCUAGCCUUGUCCGCUUCCCUCGAUGAGGAACAAGAGCGCGAGCUUGCACCAGAAAUCCAAACCGAACGCGAAGAUCAGCGCCCGCCCGCGGCACAGCCUGCCGCGCACCGUAUCGACAAUGAUGUGGUUUCAUUCAUUGAAUCAGGCAUGAUUCUGCAAUCUUCUAACGCCUACCAACCCGCCUUCAUCACUUUGCAUAAUCUAUCUGCCGCAUCGCAGAUAGACCUGAGUCGAUUUCACUCGAAUCUGUUGGCAACUACUGAUUUUACCAAUACUGUUCAAUAUCCAGAAGGUUCUUCAUUUGUCGCCGAUGCUUACCAACGAUCUGUGCGAUUCAUUCUGUCCACUGCUCCUUCUUUUCCACGGAAAGGAGAUAGCCUGAUGUACAUGAUGAUCAUCAGCCCGUACGAGGCAAACGUGUUGAUGCCAGCGAUUGAAGAAUCAAAAGCGGUUGCACUUCACGUGUAUGCUCCUCGCCAAAAUCGGGAUUUCGCACCUCUCGACACGCUUACGCUCUAUACCACCCCUGCGGUCCUCGACAUGGGCCCUAUCCCCGGCCUCCUCCGGAUGCAGCUAAAUCUCUUUGCAGGCCAGCUAUACCUUGAGUCUUAUGGCGAUUACCAGGAGCUUUGUACUUUCUUAGGCGUGGCAUCAGCCCCAACACCAGCCGGUUUGUCGGUUGCGGCAGACGGUUUCAUCCACAAGAAUUCGAAUGGAACCUUCCCUCGAAGCCCUCUGAAGUUCAUCAAGUUUUUGCUGUCCCAGAUUCGGAAGGACUGCCGAGAUAUCCGAAGGACCCAUUUAGGACUGAUCGUGGAUGGUCAAUUGUUAACCCGUUCGGAUCUGGAAGAAUCUGCCCUCGCUAUUACAGAACGGGGUAUCCGGGCGCUGCAGCUCCCAUCCACAUAA